UAUCAGCUAAGGGGUCAAAGGUGAGUAUUUCAUCAGCGUCUCGAAUCUGGAGCCGGUAGAAGGUGUUUCAACAGCUCGACGUCCUGUAAACCUUUAUUUUCCGCAAUUUCUGCUCUGUCAGUCAACCAUGUCGAGCCAUCCGCCCAAGCUGCGUUUCAUCACGUACCUGUGUCCCAGCAUCCCUGUGGAGUACUUUGAGACCAUCAUCUACUACCUGGGAGACAGGCUGGGCUGUGACGUGUCUCUUCUGUAUGAGUCGCGGUUCUCCGGACCUCCCACUGACACUGCUGACCCCUUCAGUCUCAAUGAAGUGGACAUAGGCUUUAUGUGCAGUUCACCCUUCCUAAAGCUGCUGGAGAGCAAGCCUAAUGUGUGUGAGCUCCUCCCUGCUGGUCCUCUUGCCGUGCACCCUAAAAACAGUGGGAACAGACCUGUCUAUUUCACUGAUGUCAUUGUUCACAAAGACAACGUUCAAAAGUACCCAGAAUUCAAGAACCUUCGCGGAGCGCGCUGGGCGUACAAUGAACCCACGUCCCUGUCCGGCUGUCUGUCUACGCUGAGUAUGCUGAAGAAGAUGGGAGAAAACGCCAACUUUUUCGGUCACUCAGUGCAGUCAGGGAGCCAUUUGAAGUCCUUGCAGAUGGUGUUGAACCACACUGUGGAUGGAGCAGCUGUAGACUCCUUCUCACUCAUGAUGCAGAAAGCUCAGAAUCUGGACCUGGAGAAAAACAUCCAUGUCAUCGAGUCCUGGGGACCAUACCCUAUACAGCCUCUGGUCUUCAGAGCAGGCUUAGAUGUUAAGCUGAAACGGAAGGUAACCCAGGCCUUGCUAGAAGCACACGCUGAUCCUCAGAUGAGAGAAAAGCUGGGACAGUUUGGCAUCUCCAAGUUUGUACCUGUCAACAUGUCACUGUUUGACAGGGAAACUCAGCUGCAGGAGGAUGUGAAAGGGUUAACGGACAGGCCGGCAUAUUACUAAGUGUAGACUGGAGCUCUCGGCCGGGAGUUAAUGACCCGCUCCCCAACUUUGGGGCGGGUGGCCGCCAGGAGCGUGAUUUAGUCAGACUAACUACUAGUGCAGAGUGCAGGUCACAUUAAAGAGUUAACGAGAAAUGGGUCCGUAGAACAUGUGUGUUGGUUUUGGGGCCACUGAAACUCCAAGGAUUUCUAAUAUUAUUCUGUGGCCUUCCAAGUGAAAAAAAUUAUUCUUGACUGCUUACAGAGAGUGCAACUUAUAUAUGUUUGUGUAAAGUGAAGGAGAGUUGAAAAAUAAAGAUUGUUUUAGAGUACUAGUAUGUUCCAUUUCACAUAAUACAUUCAUACUAUUUUUGU